CGGGCAUCCCAGCCCUUCCGCAGCGAGAGGUGGAGCCGGAGGCUGGGUUGUGGGCUCCAGGUGGGCUCUGGGAGGGAUGAAGCAGGCCCUGGUGGACGAUACUGAGGAUGUGUCCCUGGAUUUUGGCAACGAAGAGGAACUGGCGUUUCGGAAAGCCAAGAUCAGGCACCCGGUGGCCACGUUUUUCCACCUGUUUUUCCGAGUGAGUGCCACCAUCACCUAUGUGGGCUGUGACUGGUUCAGCAGAAGCUUCGUGGGCUGUUUUGUCACCGUGCUUCUCCUCCUGUCCUUCGACUUCUGGUCUGUGAAGAAUGUAACCGGACGACUCCUGGUGGGCCUUCGCUGGUGGAACCAGAUCGACGAAGAUGGGAAAAGCCACUGGAUUUUUGAAGCCAGAAAGGUCUCUCCAAAUACCGUGGCUGCCACAGAGGCGGAAGCUCGGGUCUUCUGGCUCGGCCUCAUCAUCUGCCCCAUGAUUUGGAUCGUGUUCUUUUUUAGCUCCUUAUUUUCCUUGAAGCUCAAGUGGCUGGCCCUUGUGAUAGCUGGGAUUUCUCUCCAAGCCGCUAACCUGUACGGCUACGUCCUUUGUAAGAUGGGAGGCGAGAGUGACAUCAGCAAAGUCACAGCCAGUUUUCUGUCCCAGACGGUGCUCCAGACGGCCUGUCCAAGAGACUUCCAGAAGCCUGGCCUUGAGGGGCUGGAGAUUCACAAGUAUUAGGUUUAUUUUCCGAGGCAGCGAAGGCUCAAGUGAGAGGUUCUGUAAUGGAACAGCUUCCGACAGAGAAGAAAAUUCCAUGACCCACAAGCCGCUGGUUUUUUACAUGAAGCAGGCCUUGGGGCAGAGGUUUGAGAUGUUUUUAUUUUUGAAACGGCACAUCUGUAAAGAAUGCCCUUUACGUAUGUUCUAAAGAAAAGUGUACAAAUG